AUGGAGCACCUAUCGAGGUUCGUAGGUCAGAUGUCCUUGGCAGAUGACAGCAGAGCAGAGGGCAACAUCUCAUCUGAGUAUAUUGUAAGUGAGAAUCCUUGGUGUGACCAUCACCAUACCUCUCUAUUGUCAGUUUAUAAUUCAUUCCCGUAGAUAGACAAAUAAGACCAGGCAAUAUUUUCAGAUGUAAAAAUAUAUGAUUUAUGGCAUGUGUAUAUUCAUGAAUUGAUUGCAAUUAACCUGUUAAAAUAGGUCUAAUGAUGUUGUGUGCAUGAUGUGCAACAUGUCUGUCACUGGUCCAGAGGGGGUACACCUGAGGGGUAGGAUAAAGGAAAAGUAGGCUAGUGAAAUGUUUCCCCUGUAAUAAAGCUGAAAAUCAUAAUCUAAAAUAUAGCCUAAUUAACACAAACCUUUCAAAUCAGUGGCCUAUGUCUUUAAGGCACAUUUAAAAAUACAUGUACACAGAAGUAAACCACUUAUUCUGUUUUAUUUUGACAUAACACUGAAUAGUGACAUUUACAGAAGUCUAUUUAGCUACUGUAGGUUUUUGUUACAUCUGAACCUCUGUAAGUGUCAAGAUAGGUAGGCUAGUCAUUUUGUUCCUCAUUUAGGUUCCAAUGUAAGUUAUCUAUUAACACUGAGGCCACUAACAUUUAUUUGUUGCAGCACUUUCUUUCAGCCCUACUGGUCCAUUGUGAAUGAUGUCUGUGUCUUUACAUGCCAGAGUCAGAUUGUUAUCAAUAAACAUGAUUAUGUUUGUAUGUUGAAUUAAUUACAACAGUGACCAAAAUAGUAAUACAGAUUAACUUUUUUCUAAGCAGCCUAAUUCAAGAGACAGAAUGUGCAAAGUGAGAAAUUGUGGUUAUGUAAUGAUGUCUAUAUUAGGCUAUGAAGAGACCUCUGUUAUCACGUAACUAACCAGCCUUUCUUUACUGGUUCCACAUUGCAGUAGCUUAAUACAGACAUCUGUGGUGAAAAGCAGACACCACAGGUUUUUAUGUGUUUAUUCUGAUAUUUCACUACACCCUCGAUAACAUCUGCAAAAUAUCUGUGGUCCUCUGUAGCUCAAUUGGUAGAGUAUAGCGCUUGUAACGCCAGGGUAGUGGGUUCGAUCCCCGGGACCACCCAUACGUAAAAAUGUAUGCACACAUGACUGUAAGUCGCUUUGGAUAAAAGCGUCUGCUAAAUGGCAUAUUAUUAUUAAAUAUGCGUACGCGACCAAUAACAUUUGAUAAAGACAAGUCUAUUUCCACUCAGGGGCCUUUCAUUUCUCAGAUACAUGUAAAAAAUAAAUAGCAAGCCAUAUUGAUACUGUUGCGUGUCAUCGACUGUCAGCUACAUUAGCUCCUGCGUAAAUUGGAUUGUGAGUUCUUGCACUAAGCUAAGGGCUUCUUAUAUGUUUCAUGUGUAACAUCUUAGAUAUCCCUGUAUGCUACUUGUCUUGAAAAUAUAGUUUUCUGACAAAAGGGCUGAGGGAAUAUGGCUCCCAUUGGUGGUUACUAAUGUAUACAGAUUGGUUUAGUUUGACCCUACCUGAAACAUCCUUACUUCUAGGCUUCUGCUCUCAAUCUUCCAUUACAGUUUCACAACGUUGGAAAUUGCUCCCAAACUCAGCUUUCAUGUGUUGUGUUUGUCUCUAUGUGCUUGUAGAAUAUUCGUGCUCAGACUUCCAUCGUCAAGAAAGAUUUUGGCCUUACGACAGAAGCCGGGGCACUGAAGGAGAAUGUAAAGAGGAACCGUUACAGAGACAUUUUACCAUGUAAGCAUCACGAUGGAGGCUUAAAAACGGUUGUUGGUUUUUACUCUUAUUGAAAAUUAGAUUCUUGCUUAAUAUUAAACUUAUCUGAACAAAAACUCAUGUAUUUUUAUAUAGAUGACCAGACCCGUGUGCCUCUGACUCUCCUGACAAAUGAGAAUGAUUAUGACUAUAUCAACGCCAGCUUCAUUAAGGUACAGUAUUGCUUGCAUUCAGUAACAGUCCUAUUUUGUAUCAUCAUUCAGCUCAAUCUGAAAGAGUCACUGAACACGCCGAUUGGCACGUGUGUUUUUCUGUUGCUCAUUAGAAUAAUUAGAUUUCAGUCUUGGAGGUGUGUUUCCUGACCGAUUCCACGUUUGGUUAAUGGUGUUUGUCCCCCAUGAGGCACUGUAGACAUGGAAGCCUAUUUAAUUUCCUCAAAAUCCCAGAACGAAUCAAGAUAACUCAAUAAAUCUGUAAUUAAUUGACGUUUUUGCAAAGGAUGUUUUAGUUGCGCAAUUUCACAUCUAACUAAGGUGUUUGGUGCAGUAUUUCUCAAGUAAAAGAGACGUGUUGUCUUGUGGAAACAGUCGGAGCUGCUGAACAGGUCUGUCGCACUGUCUAUGCUAUUGGAUAGAGAGCAAUCACCUCAGCUGUUCACCCUAUGUUAGUGGGCAAAUGGACAUCGUCAAAUCAAAACACAACCUUAAUUUAACUGUUGUGAUGCAUGGCUGUUCCAAACUCCGUUUUAGACGAGACAGACUUUAUGACCAAAAUUAUCCUAUUUACAGUUUGUAGUACAUUUUGACACUAGAAUAACUGUUUCUGACUUAUAUCGAUGUCACAUAGGCCAUUUUCAAAGGGAUUCGUUGCUUUUAAAAGGCAGUCGAUCUUUAAGCUGAUUGUUCUGCUUUAUUUCAUCUAUCCUCUAGGGGGCAACAGAGACCAAAAAAUACAUAGCGACCCAAGGGCCUCUGAGACACACUUUGGUGGACUUCUGGCGAAUGAUUUGGCAGUAUGAUGUAAAGGUAUGGAAGACCAUAUUCAGCUUUAUAUAAAUGCAGUGCAGCUUGUACAGUAGCUCUGUUUCCGUAUAAUUUACUCUAUUUCUACAUGUAUAGGAAAGAAUAACACUAAAAAGAUUAAUAAUGGGAAAAUUGUCUCCUAAUCUAAUGCUUGCCAUAUUUACUGUCCCUAUUUUAGGUCAUAAUCAUGGCUUGCAGAGAAAUUGAAAUGGGAAAGGUAAAUGCCCUUUUAGACACCUCUUGUUGGAGUGUAAACAUAUUAGUGUACUGUAAGAUUGAUAAACUAUAUGACAACUUUGAUGCUUGUGUCCACUUGACUCAUAACAUCUUAUUCGAUGUCUUUUUGCAGAAAAAGUGUGAGCGCUACUGGACAACUUUCAAAGAAACAACUCCUUUUGGCCCCUUUAUUGUGUCAAACGUAAGUGUUUGUCAGAUAUAUGUGUUCAGUUGUAUUACUAUUCAUGAAGUAUAGUCUCUCUAGACAGACGGGUGGCCUCCCACACCAAUGUUCCAUCGUGCACAUAGUGCUGUUGCCCUGUGGUCUUCUGAAACUAUUCAUGAAGAGUUCCCUUUUUACCUAACAGCCUACAGAGAUGAUUUGUCAGUUCCUGUGAACUAAGUGUACCCUGAAUUUGUUAUUUCAUGGCACUGCACAUUGACCCAUAUGUUGUUGUCUGCAUGAAAUUACAGGCAUCUGUUUCAGGAAAUACUAGAAAAAGUUUAUUGACAUUUCUUUGCAGUUUGAGGAAUCCAGCCCAAAUGAGGAAGUAGUUGUCCGUACUCUGACAGUGAGAUAUUAUGAAGUAAGUGUCCAACUAUGAAAAAGGGGUAAUAUUGUGUUUUUUCUGUGCAGCACUAGUCAAAUAAUUCUUCAAAAUUGUCAAAUUGAAUCAGUAUUUUCCAACAACCAUUAUUCACUUUGGAUAAUCUCACAUUGUUUGUAAAUUUCCAGGAAGUUGAAUGAGGGAGCCAGGGAAGUAAUCUGCCCUACCAAGCAAAAGAGCAGUAAUUGCUCAUAGAGUGAAACUGAGAAAAAUUACUUCAAAGUUGUUUUAUUGUCCAGCCAAAUGAAUUGUAGGCAGAUCACUGGAGAUGUGGUUGUCUGUUGUCUUACUAUGAGGUUAUUAUUUAUUAAUAUUGACCCUGACCUCUGACAUGACCUUUGACCCUAGACGGCAGUUACUGCCUUCUUGCUUGGUACACCCACUGGAAUACGUUUGUAAUUUUUUUUCACAAACUUGUGUUAAUAUAUUUAUUUAUAUAUGGCCGUCAAUGUCAUAUAGUUUGAUACUUGUAUCAGCAAAGAACAAUAAAUACUACCAAGGUAAACCGUAGACACUGCAGCCCAAGGCACAGUGAAACCAAGGUAAAAGGCAGUAACUGACGUGAGGGAUGGCAGUUACUGCCAUUUUCCAGUUACUGCAAACAUGACCCCCAUUUUAUCCAUAACUCAACACAAUGGAGGCAGGAUAUUUGUCUACAUGAUAAAGCAUGUAUUUAAUGUAUACAAAUUGUCAACUAGUUUUUUACCAAAAUAGUGUGCAGUUACUGCUCUUUUGCUUGGUAGAGCAGUAAUGCAAACCAUGUUUUGUGCUAGGAAACGCGGACAAUCUCUCAAUUCCAAUACACAGCUUGGCCUGAUCAUGACAUUCCAUACACAGUUUAUGGUAUGUUAGGAAUGAUGGAUAUGGCUCGCAAAGACCAGGGAAACAACGCUAACCCUGUUCUCAUCCACUGCAGGUUUGUUUGUCUCCUACUCUACAGUACAUGUCAUACAGCCCAAAAUGCCAAGCAGUUAUUACUGUCUGCCUGCUGGGCUUUUUGUGCUCUGAGAUGAAAUGAUCAUGCUCAGACAGAUUAUGAUCCAUAUGCCCAUUAAAAUUCAUCCAUGCAUAUAAUGUAAUGUUGUUUAUCACGAGGCCACAUGUACUCCUUGAGCUCCAUGCAUUUUAAUGAAGCCAUUUAAAUGAAGUGAGAAAUGUUAAAUAUUCAGGACCUGAUGUGGUCUGUCGACUCAUAUGACUUAUGUCCAUGUUGUUGCUUUCUGUGGUUAUGUUCUAGUAUUAUCAGAGUGAUGAAUGAAGCAUGUAUGUUUCUCUUGUAUUUUCAGUGCUGGUUGUGGAAGAACAGGGGUGAUUUGUGCCCUGGAUUAUGUCCAUGAUCUUCUUGUGACAAAGGUAUUAUUACUUAUGUUCAGGACAGUAUAUUGAUGGCAUCAUUUAGGGAAUUGGUUUAACAAAACAUUUGUAGACUGCACCUAUGAAUAAUAUAACAAUAACAAUAAAAACUGUAAAAAUGAUAAGUGAGUGUUUUGGUAAAUCUAUGUUCAUAUUUCCACACCAGCAAAUUAAAGAAGAUUUCAGUAUCAUGAAGAUUGUACUGGAACUAAGGAGACAGAGGCCAUCAGCAGUUCAGACAAAGGUAUUUUAUUAUCAGACAGAAUUUAAUAUCAGAUCAAAAUUGUGUUUAUUUACAUCUACAGUGCAUUCGGAAAGUAUUCAGACCCCUUGACUUUUUCCACAUUUUGUUACGUUACAGCCUUAUUCUAAAAUGGAUUAAAUUGUAUUUUUCCCUCAUCAAUGUACACACAAUACCCCAUAAUGACGAAGCAAAAACGGGUUUUUAGCCAUUUUUGCAUAUGUAUUACAAAUAAAAAACAGAAAUACCUUAUUUACAUAAGUAUUCAGACCCUUUGCUAUGCGACUCGAAAUUGAGCUCCGGUGCAUCCUGUUUCCAUUGAUCAUUCUUGAGAUGUUUCUACAACUUGAUUGGAGUCCACCUGUGGUAAAUUCAAUUGAUUGAACAUGAUUUGGAAAGGCACACACCUGUCUAUAUAUAUUGCCCUAUGGGACUCCCAAUCACGGCCGGUUGUGAUACAGCCUGGAAUCAUGGGUGGUCCUCUGUAGCUCAGCUGGUAGAGCACGGCGCUUGUAACGCCAAGGUAGUGGGUUCGAUCCCCGGGACCACCCAUACACAAAAAUGUAUGCACGCAUGACUGUAAGUCGCUUUGGAUAAAAGCGUCUGCUAAAUGGCAUAUUAUUAUUAUUAUUAUGAAUCAAACCAGGGGGUCUGUAGUGACGCAAGCACUGAGAUGCAGUGCCUUAGACCGCUGCGCCAUUCGGGAGCCCACAGUUGCUAUAAGGUCCCACAGUUGACAAUGCAUGUCAGAGCAAAAACCAAGCCAUGAGGUCGAAGGAAUUGUCCGUAGAGCACCAAGACAGGAUUGUGUCGAGGCACAAAUCUGGGGAAGGGUUCAAAAAAUUACUGCAGCGUUGCAGGUCCCCAAGAAAACAGUGGUCUCCAUCAUUCUUAAAUGGAAGAAGUUUGGAACCACCAAGACUCUUCCUAGAACUGGCUGUCCGGCCAAACUGAGCAAUCAGGGGAGAAGGGCCUUGGUCAGGGAGGUGACCAAGAACCCGAUGGUCACUCUGACAGAGCUCUAGAGUUCCUCUGUGGAGAUGGGAGAAACUUCCAGAAGGACAAACAUCUCUGCAGCGCUCCACCAAUCAGGCCUUUAUGGUAGAGUGGCCAGACGGAAGCCACUCCUCAGUAAAAGGCACAUUAAAUCCCGCUUGGAGUUUGCCAAAAGGCACCUAAAGACUCUCAGACCAUGAGAAACAAGAUUCUCUGGUCUGAUGAAACCAAGAUUAAACUCUUUGGCCUGAAUGCCAAGUGUCACGUCUGGAGGAAACCUGGCACCAUCCCUACGGUGAAGAAUGGUGGUGACAGCAUCAUGCUGUGGGGAUGAUUUUCAGCAUCAGGGACUGGGAGACUAGUCAGGAUCGAGGUAAAGAUGAACGGAGCAAAGUACAGAGAGAUCCUUGAUGAAAACCUACUCCAGAGCACUCAGGACCUCAGACUGGGGUGAAGAUUCAUCUUCCAACAGGACAACGACCCUAAACACACAGCCAAGACAAUGCAGGAGUGGCUUCGGGACAAGUCUCUGAAUGUCCUUGGGUGGUCCAGCCAGAGCCUGGACUUGAACCCGAUGAAACACCUCUGGAGAGACCUGAAAAUAGCUGUGCAGCGACGCUCCCCAUCCAACCUGACAGAGUUUGAGAAGGAUCUGCAGAGAAGAAUGGGAGAAACUCCCCAAAUACAGGUGUGCCAAGCUUGUAGCGUAAUGCCCAAGAAGAAUCGAGGCUGUAGUCGCUGCCAAAUGUGCUUCAACAAAGUACUGAGUAAAGGGUCUGAAUACUUAUGUAAAUGUCAUAUUUCAGUUUUUUUAUUUGUAAUACGUUUGCAAAUAUUUCUAAAAACCUGUUUUUGCUUUGUCAUUAUAGGGUAUUGUGUGUAGAUUGAUGAGGGGGGAAAAACGAUUUAAUCAAUUUUAGAAUAGGGCUGUAAUGUAACAAAACGUUGAAAAAGUCAAGAGGUCUGAAUACUUUCCGAAUGCACUGUAUAUGUUAUUUUGUGUACUGAAAUACUCUACUUUGGAAAUAUUAAUCUCUCCACUCAGGAGCAGUAUCAAUUUUUGUUUUCUGCUGUGGCUUACAUGUUUGAGAAUGCUUUACGGUCAGCUGAGAACAUCUACCAGAAUCUCACCAAGGUAAGACAGAAACUGCUACUUUCGUUCAACCAGUAUAAUUUUUUGAAAUAGCUAUUUCCAACCCCCAGGUGUCAGCCUUUCUACAACACAGUAUUCAACACAUGCCAUACUGGCAUUCAUGGACAAGCAAGCUUUACUAAAGCAAUAAGACAUGAGAGGGCAUGCACUAUUAUUGUCAGGGUUGGGUAGGUUACUUUCUAAAUGUAAUCCAUUGCAGUUAUUAGUAAAAAAUUGUAAUCAGUAACAUAACUUUUGGAUUACCCAAACUCAGUAACGUAAUCUGAUUGCUUUCAGUUACAUUUGGAUUACUGUCCCCUUAAGAGGCAUUAGAAGAAGACAAAAAGGAUCCAUCAAACGCAUUUGGUGUGUCAUCAUAGUGGUCUCUGACAUGUGGUCAGACUCGCUCAGGAGGAACAAACUUAAACUUGCGCUUUUUUUCAAUACUGAAUUGAAUGUCAUAAAAACAAAGGUGUCAAUGUUUUUUAAAUAAGUAAUCAUCUAGUUUUUCAAAGUAUCUGUAAUCUGAUUACAAUAUUUUUGCUGGUUACGUAACUGAUUACUGUUACCGUUUUUGUAAUCAGAUUACAUGUAAUCAGUUAUUCCCAAAUUCUGAUUAUGGUAAUUAUUGGCACGUCUGUGAUGCAGUCAGAAAGCUGACACAAUUUGAAAAUAACUUCAGCUGCCAGUGUGUAAGUUUUUCUGUGACUAAAACACAAAGGCCCUGUCUGUUGAUUGUGUGAUCCAUUUAAUCUGAUCGUACUGUAUUACACUACUGUCUGAGAUUUCAAUGUGAUGAGUGGAGUUAGGAAAAAAAGAGAAAUGUUAAGCAGGAAACAUCCAGCUUCCUCUAUAUGUAAAUGCUGUCGCAUAGAAAUCAUUGUUCACACAUUUUCAUACAGAGAAGUGCCUGAACUUGAGAGACAGAGUCCUAUACCUCUCUGAUGUACUGUUGAUUUUGUUGUGAAUAGAGUAACCAACCUUUAUAUGACGGCGUUGCGUCUGUGAAGACAUCCCCACCGACAACAUCAGCCAGCGCUCAGACACUUGCAAAAAGGUAGGAGCAAAUAUUAUUUCUUCAUUCAGAAUACCAGUGGAGGCUCUUCAGAGGAGGAAGGAGAGGACCAUCCUACUCAGUGAAUAAAAAAAUGUUAAUAGUGAAACAUAGUUAUCAUUUUUAGAUAAAACGAUGCUAAAUAUAUUACCAAAUAUGUCACCAAAUAGCUGAUUAAAACACAGUGUUUUGCAAUAAGUCUACAGUAGCCUCAACAGCAAUCUCUAGGGUAGCACUAUGGUGUAGCCGGAGGACAGCUAUUUUCCAUCCUCCUCUGGGUACAUUGACUUCAAUACAAAACCUAGGAGGCUCAUGGUUCUCACCCCCUUCUAUAGACUUACACAGUAAUUAUGACGACUUCUGGAGGACGUCCUCCAACCUAUCAGAGCUCUGAACUGACAUGUUGUCCAUCCAGUCAAAGGAUCAGAGAGUUAAUCUAGUACUGAAAGCAUAAGCAACAGCUAGCACUGCAGUGUGGUGAGUAGUUGACUCAAAUAGAGAGCAAGACAUAGUUGAACAGUUUUAAACAAAUUAAUUUAUUCAAAAAUUAAGGAGAGAGAGAGAGAGAGUCAAAAGUUUGGGCACACCUACUCAUUCAAGGGCGUUUCUUUAUUUUUGCUAUUUUUUACAUUGUUGAAUAAUAGUGAAUACAUCAAAACUAUUAAAUAAAACAUAUGGAAUCAUGUAGUAACCAAAAAAGUCUUAAACAAAUCCAAAUAUAUUUGAGAUUCUUCAAAUAGCCACCAUUUGCCUUGAUGAUCGCUUUGCACACUCUUGGCAUUCUCUCAACCAGCUUAACCUGGAAUGCUUUUCCACCAGUCUUGAAGGAGUUCUCUCAUAUGCUGAGCACUUGUUGGCUGCUUUUCCUUCACUCUGUGGUCCAACUCAUCCCAAACCAUCUCAAUUUGGUUGAGGUCAGGGGAUUGUGGAGGCCAGGUCAUCUGAUGCAGCACUCAUCACUCUACUUCUUGAUAAAAUAGCCCUUGCACAGCCUGGAGGUGUGUUGGGUCAUUGUCCUGUUGAAAAACAAAUGAUAGUCCCACUAAGCCCAAACCAGAUGAGAUGGCGUAUCGCUGCAGAAUGCUGUGGUAGCCAUGCUGGUUAAGUGUGACUUGAAUUCUAAAUAAAUUACAGAUAGUGUCACCAGCAAAGCACCCCCACACCCUAACACCUCCUCCUCCAUGCUUUAUGGUGGGAAAUACACAUGCAGAGAUCAUCCGUUCACCCACACCGCGUCUCACAAAGACAAGGCGGUUGUAACCAAAAAUCUCCAGUUUGGACUCCAGACCAAAAUACACAUUUCCACUGGUCUAAUGUCCAUUGCUCGUGUUUCUUGGCCCAAGCAAGUCUCUUCUUAUUGGUGUCCUUUAGUAGUGGUUUCUUUGCAGCAAUUUGACCUCUAAACAGAUGAUGUUGAGAUGUGUCUGUUACUUGAACUCUGUGAAGCAUUUAUUUGGGCUGCAAAUUCUGAGGCUACAUUGUAGAAUAAUAGUGAAGACAUCAAAACUAUGAAAUAACACAUAUGGAAUCAGGUAGUAAUCAAAAACAUGUUAAACAAAUCAAAAUAUGUUAUAUUUGAGAUUCUUCAAAUAGCCAACCUUUUACUUGAUGACAGCUUUGCACACUCUUGGCAUUCUCUCAACCAGCUUCAUGAGGUAGUCACCUGGAAUGCAUUUCAAUUAACAGGUGUGCCUUGUUAAUUUGUGGAAUUUCUUUCCUUAAUGCGUUUGAGACAAUCAGUUGUGUUGUGACAAGGUAGGGGGGGUAUACAGAAGAUAGCCCUAUUUGGUAAAAGACCAAGUCCAUAUUAUGGCAAGAACAGCUCAAAUAAGCAAAGAGAAAUGACAGUCCAUUACUUUAAUACAUGAAGGUCAGUCAAUCUGGAAAAUGUCAAGAACUUUGAAAGUUUCUUCAAGUGCAGUCGCAAAAACCAUCAAGCGCUAUGAUGAAACUGGCUCUCAUGAGGACCGCCACAGGAAUGGAAGACCCAGAGUUACCUCUGCUGCAGAGGAUAAGUUCAUUAGAGUUAACCGCACCUUAGAUUGCAGCCCAAAUAAAUGCUUCACAGAGUUCAAGUAACAGACACAUCUCAACAUCAACUGUUCAGAGGAGACUGCGUGAAUCAGGCCUUCAUGGUUGGAAUGCUGCAAAGAAACCACUACUAAAGGAAACCAGCUUAGUGGGAUUAUCAUUUGUUUUUCCAUCAGGACAAUGACCCAACACACCUCCAGGCUGUGUAAGGGCUAUUGUACCAAGAAGGAGAGUGAUGGAGUGCUGCAUCAGAUGACCUGGCCUCCACAAUCCCCUGACCUCAACCCAAUUGAGAUGGUUUAGGAUGAGUUGGACUGCAGAGUGAAGGAAAAGCAGCCAACAAGUGCUCAUCAUAUGUGGGAACUCCUUCAAGACUGUUGGAAAAGCAUUCCAGGUGAAGCUGGUUGAGAGAAUGCCAAGAGUGUGCAAAGCUGUCAUCAAGGCAAAGGGUGGCUAUUUGAAGAAUCUGAAAUAUAAAAUAUAUUUUGAUUUGUUUAACACUUUUUGGGUUACUACAUGAUUCCAUAUGUGUUAUCAUAGUUUUGAUGUCUUCACUAUUAUUCUACAAUGUAAAAAUAGAAAAACCCUGAGUGUGUCCAAACUUUUUGACUGGUACUGUGUGUAUAUAUAUAUAUAUAUAUAUAUAUAUAUAUAUAUAUAUAUAUAUAUAUAUAUAUAUAUAUAUAUAUAUAUAUAUAUAUUUAUUUUUUCUUCUUAGUUUACCUUUCACUUACUUAGCUAAUGCAGCUAAUUUAGCCUACUCAACAACCUGACUCAAACAGAGAGGAAUGCUAUUUAUGUUAGCUAGCUGGCUAAGGCUAUCCAACACUGCAACUCUUCCAAGUAAAGGUAAGCAUUUAUAAAUGUAUUGCCACGAGGCCCGCCGGUGUAAAUGAUAAACUGCUUGCUGUACACUAUACUGCGUGAUUGUAUUACACACAAUCACAACAACAGUUGUGACUUUAAUAAGCAGCCUGAGUUAAUGAUACCACAGUAAGGUGCUCCGAUACAAUGGGGGAGGUUGACUCAGGUUGGUAGAGAGAGAGAGAGUUUCGAGACACUAAGGGAAGAAAGAAUGCUUCCUGUUUUGUUCAAGUGAGUCCACGGUCUUCUAUUUUAGUUUGCAGUACAACAGUUUUAUGUUUGUGUACUUUACAUGCUGGGUGUGUAGAGUGUGAAGUUUAAGUGUACAUAGGCUUAUCAAUACCAAGUUAUGUAGUAAUAUUUCAUAGUAGUUGAUUGUUACAGUAUAUACACACCUUCCUUGCCUUGACAAUUAAGCAAAUAGUUGGCUGUAUUGAAAUAUGUACUGUAUAUUGAAAUACACUGUUGUGGUACACAUUGAUGAUCUUGAAUAAAAAAAGACUUUAAUCCAGUUAGCUUUAGAUUGACAUUUUACAGAAAUGUAGGACACAGCGUCCGUAUGAUUAAUGAAGCAGAAGGAUUUCACCAUGCUUGUACUACUAAACAUUCAUCAUGUCGCAGAGGAAGUAACAAUCUGGGCUGUUAAACUUCACUUUCACACCCUCUCCUCCCUCCCAUAUGUUAAACUACUACUGAGAACCCCUCAGCUCGCAUCACAGGCUUAGAGAGAAAAAUAAUCGAUUUCUCUGUAAACAGUAACAUACUGUAUAGUCAGUAGGAAAUCAUCAUGGUAAACCUGCAAUUCCUUAUCAAUCUUAAUUUCUACUAUCCUAGUAGUAAAGAUCCACUGUAGAUGCUCCAAAAGAAAACAGACUUGAUAAUGAAAGUCCAGUCACAAACAUAAUAGUCAUGACCAUCUGGUGUGUAGAGUAGAAACAACAAGGCUAUAUUUGUACCUUUUUGCUUUUCGCAGUUUGUGGAAUUUAUAUUGAUGUCUACUCCUCUUUAGAAAUUCUAAUGUGCAGCACAGAUUGCCUCAGCCUCGCCAGCAGAAGAUGAAUAACACCUAUGCUGUGGUCAACAAGUCCAAACAGCUCCUGCCACCAGCCUCUUCCACCGCCCCUCCGGCCGCUCUCCAUCACUAUGACAACGCAGAGCUGGGCAACCCAAAAUGCCAUGUCAGUGCUUUUUACAGCAUGGUCAAGCCCAAGAGCAGGUGUCCUCCAGCCAACCCGCUUCCAGCUGUCUCAACCGUAUAUGACACUGCCGGACCAGCCAAUCACAGGCUAGCUGAGGCCUCGGCAGUGGAGGACCAGAGUGGCUAUGAGCUGGUCACAGGUGAGAGGAUUUUAGGGCAACCUUUGGAGACCAAUGUGAGGCCAGCUCUGGUUUUGUUUUUGUCAUUAGUAUCCUGCACAGAAUAUCCCGUCUUUCAAAAGGAUAUUGCAAUCUAGAUCUAGUAACCCCGCCCCCGAGUCGAGGCUUGUGUCCUAACUUGACCACAAAUGAUCAAUACUUUCCGUUUCUUGCCAGUAACAAUUUCUUGACGGCCAUAUUGAACUGUUUAUGUGGAAAAUGUUUUACUGAUUCUUAUCGUUUGCUUUUUUCUAGCUGAGCGUUAUUCCUUGACAGAAGAUGACUAUGAAUAUGUCUCAAAUCCCAUCAAACACAUGACCAACAUCUGCACUCCUGGUAGCAUGGGUGAAUAUCUGCUUAUCUUUGUAAUGAUAUUGUCCAAUGGCAUAUACUGUAUCUAAAGCCAUUAUAGCUACCGAAUGUAAUAUACAUUUCCUCAGAAUCUCAUGAGUAACAUUAUUGCGACUGGAUGUCAAAACAAGGCUAUGUAAACUGUUAGAUGUACUUGCAGGUGUCUUCAAGUAAUUCCAACCACACUUCUCAACUUUCCCUCAGAGUUCAACUGUCGCAUUAAAAAACCCAAAGGGCCUCGGGAUCCCCCGGCAGAGUGGAGUCAUAUGGAGAGAUGA